GCACCAAGCGGGAAUAAGCGGGCUGCAGGACCGUGAGCAGCGCAGUGUUCUCCGGCCACAAAUAACCUGCAAGCAGUCUAAGCUUGUGGAAUAAACGGGCACUGGAAAAGAGAAGAUGCCACGGGAGAUCAUAACCCUCCAGCUCGGGCAAUGUGGGAAUCAAAUUGGCUUUGAGUUUUGGAAGCAGCUGUGUGCAGAGCAUGGCAUCAGUCCAGAGGGCAUUGUGGAAGAGUUUGCCACAGAGGGGACUGACAGAAAGGACGUGUUCUUCUAUCAAGCUGAUGAUGAACAUUACAUCCCACGAGCCGUUCUCCUUGACCUGGAGCCCAGAGUGAUCCACUCUAUUCUCAACUCUCCUUAUGCCAACCUGUACAAUCCAGAGAACAUCUACCUCUCUGAGCAUGGUGGAGGGGCAGGCAACAACUGGGCUAGCGGGUAUUCACAGGGCAAGAAGAUUCAAGAAGACAUUUUUGACAUAAUUGAUCGAGAAGCAGAUGGCAGUGACAGCUUGGAGGGAUUUGUACUGUGCCAUUCCAUCGCAGGAGGGACAGGCUCUGGUCUGGGAUCCUACCUACUGGAAAAACUCAAUGACAGAUACCCAAAGAAACUGGUGCAGACGUAUUCUGUUUUCCCAAACCAGGACGAGAUGAGCGAUGUGGUCGUUCAGCCGUACAACUCUCUGCUCACAUUGAAGAGACUGACACAAAACGCAGACUGUGUGGUUGUAUUGGACAACACAGCCUUAAAUCGCAUCGCUACAGACAGGUUACACAUCCAGAACCCCUCCUUCUCUCAGAUCAAUCAGCUGGUAUCCACAAUCAUGUCCGCCAGCACCACCACACUGCGUUACCCCGGUUACAUGAACAAUGAUCUCAUCGGGCUCAUCGCAUCCCUGAUUCCUACGCCAAGACUUCACUUCCUCAUGACAGGGUACACGCCCCUCACAACCGACCAAUCAGUUGCCAGUGUGAGGAAAACCACAGUUCUGGAUGUGAUGAGGAGGCUUCUUCAACCCAAAAACGUGAUGGUUUCUACGGGACGAGAGCGUCAACCCAGUCACUGCUACAUCGCCAUUCUCAACAUCAUCCAGGGAGAAGUAGAUCCUACACAGGUGCAUAAAAGCCUCCAAAGGAUCCGUGAGAGGAAGUUGGCUAGUUUUAUCCCUUGGGGUCCGGCCAGUAUACAGGUCGCUCUUUCCAGAAGAUCCCCGUACCUGCCCUCCGCCCACAGAGUCAGCGGCCUCAUGAUGGCAAACCACACAAGCAUCUCAAAUUUAUUUGAUCGAACGUGCCGCCAGUACGACAAACUCCGAAAGCGUGAAGCCUUUCUGGAGCAGUUUCGUAAAGAGGACAUCUUUAAGGAUAACUUUGACGAACUGGACAACUCUCGCGAGGUGGUGCAACAGUUGGUGGAUGAGUAUAUCGCAGCCACUCGCCCAGACUACAUUUCCUGGGGCACGCAGGAGCAGUGAGACCCAAAAAUGUUACAAUCCACCCAUAACUGUUUAGCUAGUGUUUUCCAACUCAUUUUACAAGCCCCAUAUUGUUCUUCAUUUGUCUUAAUAGAAACAGGUGCUUGGCAAUAAUCGCUCUCAAACAUGUUAAUUUCUUGGCAUGAGAUAGUGUAGCGAACUUGUUUUCUGAAAAUGGGAGGGGUUUUAUUAUAAGUUAUAACCAAAAGUAAAAUGGAAAAAAGCGUAAUUACUUCCUGCUUGGCCAUAUCCUGUUUUCGAGUUUAUGUAAAGCAAAUAGUUCCAAGUUUAUUGUUUCUUCCUGGUGUUGAUUGAAUCAGAUUUCCCCUCUUGCACAAAUACGUGUUGCCUUGUCUGGUCUAUUUUUCUACACAUUAUUUUACUAUAAUUUGCAGUUGUUUGCCUUGAAGUUGGGGGAGUGGGAUUGUACAGGGUCGUGGUUAAUGCAGGGUCUGGCUUCCCAUUUCUUACCUGCUUUGUCACCAUCUGCUGCUACAAUACAGCUCUCUUUCAGACCAUGAAGAAUGUGAUGAAAAUAUUUUUUUGUGGCCAGAAAAAGAGCACUUAAUGACAGAUAUAGUAACACAUUAAAUUUCCUUCUAUGCCUGUAAAUAUACAAUGGUUCUCAAGCAUUAUGUGUUAUCUUAAAUAUUCUGCUUAAUCUUGCUUUGCCUGUUGGACCUGUUUAAAGUUAAUAAACAUUUUCUAUUAAAAGUU